AUGGCUCAAAUGAAAUGGCGGUUUGAACAACUAUCAAAUAUUGCUGAUGAUUUUCAAUUCCUUUCUGCUCAUUCACUAUCUGUUACACCAGUUGAAAAAUUGAAAAAAUAUGCAGCUGAUUUAGCUAUCAAAUACAACGAAGAUAUUGACCAGGAAAUAAUUAACGAAAUCGAAUUUUUUAAAUAUCAAGUAAAAGCAAUUUUGCCAGACUUAAACGCAACUGCUUUAAAUAUUUUAAACGCAAUUAAAAAAUAUGAACUUGAUUCAACUUGUCCAAACUUAAUGACUGCAUAUAGAUUGUUUCUUACCAUGCCUGUUUCUUACCAUGCUUCCGGGGAACGCUCUUUUAGUAAAUUGAAACUAACUAAGACGUAUUUACGGUCAACCAUGUCGCAAAACAGAUUAACCAAUUCUGCAAUAUUAUCAAUUGAGCAUGAAAUAACAAAAGCAUUGAUUUUGAAGACGUCAUUGAAGAUUUUGCUUCAAUAA